CUACACACAAAUAAUUGCGAAACCCCACUUGCAAUUUUCCAUUUCAGUUCUUUGGGCUGUCCCCCGUCUUUGAAAUACAAACUCUCGACGCUCCCCUCAUUCCAGAGAAGCCAAAACCAGUCUCCAUGAUGCUGCUGCGGAGCGAGAAGCAAUCGGCGGCGGCGGGAGGGCGGGCGGCGCGUGUAUGCGACAGCUGCAUGUCCAAAAGGGCGCGUUGGUUUUGCGCUGCCGACGACGCCUUCCUCUGCCAGUCCUGCGACGUGUCGGUCCACUCAGCCAAUCAGCUGGCCAGACGACACGACCGGAUCCGCCUAGAAACGGCGYCGUUCAAGUCGCAAUCCCAGCUCCCUCCAUGGCCCAAAGGCUUCACUCGCAAGGCCAGAACUCCGCGACCCACCAAACAAAAAGCCUCCGUUUUUUCUCUCGUCCCGGAGAUUGGAAACGACGACGACGGAUUAUUGCUGGAUUUUAACGAAGAAGAAAACCCCCAAUUUGUUCAUCAUCAUCAUCAGGUUCCCGUAUUUGACCCCUUGAUUGAGGAGGAGAAUUUUUUGCUAACCGAGGAAUUGGAGGAUUUUGGAGAUGGGUUUCUGCCGUCGGAGGUGGAUCUUGCGGAAUUUGUAGCGGAUGUGGAGAAUUUACUCGAAACACAGCAAGAGGAACAAGAAAGGCUACUACGCAAAGUUAAAGAUGAAGAGCAAGAGGAAAAUGGUGUCAAAAUUAAUGGAUUUUUGGGUUGGAAUUUUAAAGGGGAGGAAGUUGAGGAGGAUCAAGAGAAUAAGAUGGUGCCAAUGGUGGAAGAUGAAGAGGAAUUAUUGAAGAAAAUUAAGAAGAAGAAGAAGAAGAAGAAGACGAACAUAUUUUUGAGGCUAAAUUAUGAUGCGGUUAUUAUGGCUUGGGAUGCACAAUCUUCUCCAUACACCACUGGAAAUCGGCCUGAAUUCGAUCUCGAUGAAUGCUGGCUAGGAUGGAGCUGGGCCGGAGCGUCCGGAGGAAGAGGAGAAUGGAAAGCCGACGGGGAAAGAGAAGCAAGAGUUUCGAGAUACAGAGAAAAGCGAAGAACAAGGCUGUUUUCGAAGAAAAUAAGGUACCAGGUAAGGAAACUGAACGCAGAGAAGAGACCAAGAAUGAAAGGUAGAUUUGUGAAGAGAACAGCGCCGCCAUUGAUAAUGUCAUCAACUUCAAACCACAUUAAUUUUCCUUAAUUUCUCCUACCCAUAAUUAGUGGUCGUUUUUGCCCUUCUGCUUCGUUUUUUUUUUGGUUUCCCUGCAAAAUUAAAGUCAAGGACAGAGAUGGAAAAAGUUCCUCUAUUUUUCUCUCUCUAAUGGGCAGUGCAGUUGAGGGGAGAGGAGUGAGGAGUGACAAUAUUAACGUACUCCUCUUUUAUGAAUUAUGAUUCUGCA